UUCGGAUGUUCCGAGGUUUUCUGAUGAUCCCCAAAAUCACGGAAAACCAAGGAGCGACAAUUUACACGAUCACGAUCAUCACAAGUACGAUCAGUAUUACGAACAGUUCAGGAUGAAAUCAGCAUUUCAGCUCAAAGGAUUGUCUUCGGCAGAUUGCCAUGAAUUGUUGACUGAGGAUCCUCAUUAUGAUACCAUUCUGAGCGAAUACGAAUUCUGCACACAAUUUGUUCCAUCAGAACUUUUCCGGAGAAGUUUGGAGGAGUCUGACUCUGAGGAUGCGCCGGUGGAUCCAGGUUCGCCCCUCGUAUGCGGCUGGGACAGUAUUCAAUACGGCGUUGUUUCCUGGAAACCUUGCUCUAUUCUUCAUCCAAAUCCACCAAUUGUCUACACAAGAAUAGACAAGUAUCAAGACUGGAUAAGAAACGCCAUCACAACUCAGCCAGAGAAUCUGAAUAGUCAUUACGUCGGAGGAACUGACAAAAAUCAUUUGAGCCUUGUAAUUUUUAUAAUUAGUAUCGUCGUCAAUGAAAUAUUGUAA